CGGUCUCUUGGGAACCAAUCUUGUAAAAGCGUCUCAUAAAAGCGGAGGUGUUUUUGCAUGGUUGGCCUGUAUGCUUCCUGUAUCAUAUAUUCUCAUAGCUUCCCGUCUUUAUUGUGACCAAGUGAUCAGGUGCUUUAUGAUCUGGUCCACCGCACACGUGCAACUCUCAGGACCCGCGUUUCUUUUCACCUGACGCCCCCCGGGGUUCCCGCACGGCAGUAAAGACGCGGACAAAAGGCUGCAGACUGACUACAAAGUGCAGUAGUGCAUGGUUGCCACGCAGUCGUAAGAUGUUUACUAAGAGGACACGGCGGCGGGAGGCGGGCCCAACCGGGUGUUACCUCGGACUCCCAUCAGCUCCCCCUAUUCAUGUGCGGAAUCUCAUUGUUUGGCGGGGACAUCAUUCAAGAUGGUGUUUUUAGUGGCCGGAGGGAGGCUCCCACUUCAUUAGGGGUCCGAGCGGGAGCGGAGGGUGCUACGUCUUGCCCUGACAGUUGUCAGCGGAGGAGGCGGCAGUGGUGAACAUUCCCAGAAGAUUCACACGAGCGGGGGGAAAAAAGCGGCGGCGGCAGCGGCGGCGUGCGGAAAGCGAAGAUGGGAGCCGCCAGUUUGGUUUUAGCCUGCUUGAUGCUCACCUUGAGGGCGGUCUUCUCCGACGUCUACCUACAGCCGCAAGAGGAGGAGCUCAAUGAAACGGUCAUCUGCACCAACGACCACAUGGAGGUGGUCAUCCCCGGCGCCUUCUUCCUGCGUAAAGAUCCUCCAGUCUAUGUUUGGGAUUUGCAUCUAAAUGACCCCGAAUGCCGAGGGGUGGAGGUGGGCGACGACUACGUCUUCAGCGUGAAGACCAAUCUGUCUGACUGCGGGACCGUCACGACCUCGGACGACUCGCACAUCAUGUUCGUCAACACCAUACACCACAACGACACGGAUGUGAUCACCAGGAACUACAUCAACAUCACCUUCGUGUGCCGCUACCCCAUCAACUACAUGGUCCAGCAGCCGGCUGGGGAAAACAUGAUCCGUGUGGACGUCAGGACCAUCACGCUGAACACGGAGGACGGCAACUUCUCCGUGUCCAUGCUGCUGUUCAAAGACGAGGCCUUCCUGGACAGAUGGACCACGGUGCCCUCGCUCACCCUGGACGAUGACAUCUUUGUCAAAGUCUUCAUGAUUCCAGCUCACCUGAUGCUGCGCAUAGAGAGAUGCUGGGCCACGCCCACCAGUGACCCGUACAGCAACAUCCAGUACACCUUCAUCAGAGACAGCUGCCCAGUGUUGACGAACCAGCGGACCCUGAGCGUGCUGAAGAACGGCCAGGGUCCCGAGGCCAUGUUCAGGAUCCAAAUGUUCAAGUUUGUGGGCGGCUCUUACUCCAACGUCUUCCUCCACUGCAACGUCCAGAUCUGCCACAGCGGCGUCGGCCUGUGCCAGCCCAACUGCUCGGCUGAAGACGGCUUCAUGAGGACGCGGCGGGACGUACCCCUAUCCCACACGGUGUCCUACGGACCCAUAAGGCGGCUGCCCAAUGACGGCAAAACGCCCAAUUCCAACGCGGGCCGAAUCCCUCCGGUGGAGACUUUUGUCCUGGGUGGGCUGCUGGUGGUCCUGCUGGUCAUCACGGGGGUGUUUGGGAAGCUGUGGAUUCGUUCCAGACGGUUCUACCCGGCUCGUGAAGCGCAGCUCACCCUGUCUAACAUUCACCACAUCUCAGAGGUGGCAUCAUGAGACCAGGAUGAUGCUUUAUGUUUGACUUCAAUAAAGAGUUCCAUGACAUUAUUACACACAUUAUUGUCUGCCUCAGUGAUAUGCCAAAUGUGUACAACCUGCACUCUU